GCGAAGGAAGAGCGAAGGGGUUUGCGUAUUCCUGAGGGGGGGAAAGGACAAAAAAAAAAGAAAAGGGCGGGGAGUAAUUUAUCCAUCAUUUGACCAUUCUCCAGCCAAGAUGGCUCAAUCUUCACCAGCUGAUGAAGGCCACACAUUUGAAAAUCUCUGGAGCAGUCUAGAGCCAGACAGCACUUAUUUUGAUAUCCCCCAAACCAACCUCUCUGGCAACAAUGAAGCUGUCCCUAACUUGCCACAGAACCGGACCGAGGUUUGCAUGGAUGUGUUCCAGAUGAGAGACAUGAAUGAAUCUGUGAUGUCCCAGUUUAAUUUGCUGAACAGUACUAUGGAUCAGAGUAUCUCCAACCGAGCAUCCUCCGGCAGCCCUUACAACUCAGAACACACAUCGAAUGUCCCGACGCCAUCUCCCUACUCACAGCCCAGCUCCACAUUUGACACCAUGUCGCCUGCUCCAGCAAUCCCUUCCAACACAGACUACCCAGGACCCCACUUAUUCGAAGUCACCUUUCAACAGUCAAGUACAGCAAAAUCUGCAACCUGGACCUAUUCUCCACUGCUGAAGAAACUUUACUGUCAGAUUGCAAAGACUUGCCCGAUCCAGGCCAAAGUUACCUCACUACCACCUUCGGGCAGUGUUGUACGUGCUAUGCCCGUCUACAAAAAGGCUGAACAUGUGACUGAAGUUGUAAAACGGUGCCCGAACCAUGAGCUUGGGAGGGACUUCAAUGAUGGCCAGUCCGCACCAGCAAGUCACCUGAUCAGAGUGGAGGGAAAUAACCUUGCUCAGUACGUUGAUGAUCCCGUAACUGGACGCCAAAGUGUCAUGGUGCCUUAUGAACCGCCACAGGUCGGAACAGAGUUCACUACAAUUCUCUACAACUUCAUGUGUAAUAGCAGUUGUGUGGGAGGAAUGAACCGCAGGCCCAUCCUUAUCAUCAUCACUCUGGAGACGAGAGAUGGCCAGGUUCUCGGGCGACGAUCGUUUGAGGGUCGUAUCUGUGCCUGCCCCGGACGAGACCGGAAAGCAGACGAGGAUCACUACCGCGAGCAGCAAGCCAUCAACGAGAACGCCGCUAAAAACGCAAAUGGUAGCAAACGGCCUUUCAAGCAGACACCCCCGGGAGCUCAGGGGCCUACAGCAGGCAUAAAAAAGCGGAGGCACGGUGAUGAAGAAUUUUUCUACGUUCCUGUCCGAGGCCGUGAGAACUUUGAGAUCCUGAUGAAGAUUAAGGAGAGCUUGGAGCUGAUGGAACUGGUACCUCAACAGCUCAUCGACUCGUACCGUCAACAGCAGCAGCAGCAGCUCCUGCAGCGCCAGCAGCAGGCUUCAUCGGCCUACGGUGCAGUAAACCCGCCUAUGAACAAGAUUCCCAAUGUGAACAAACUGCCCUCCGUCAAUCAGCUGGUGGGGCAACCUUCUCAGCACAGCCCAAGCACUUCAGUCAAUCUCGGACCCAUGGGCCCGACUCUAAUGAACAACCACCACCACCAUCAUCAUUACAUGCCACCAAAUGGGAACAUGAACGGUGGAAAUCCUUCUCAGUCGACAGCCAUGGGACCAACCUCCCACUGCACGCCACCCCCACCUUACAAUGCAGACCCAGCUCUUGUCAGUUUUUUGACAGGAUUGGGUUGCCCUAACUGUCUGGAGUAUUUCACAUCACAGGGGUUGCAGACCAUGUAUCACCUGCAGAAUCUUUCUAUGGAGGAUCUUGGCGCAUUGAAGAUUCCAGAACAAUACCGCCUCCUCAUUUGGAGGGGGCUUCAGGAAUUCAAACCGGGGCACGAUUACAACUCGCCGCAGCUCCUCCGAUCCAGCAACAACAACCCCAGCGUAGGCGGGGAGCUGCAACGGCAGCGAGUCAUGGAAGCCGUUCACUUCAGGGUGCGUCACACCAUCACCAUCCCCAACCGAGGGGACGACUGGGGAGACUUCGGCUUUGACGUCCCCGAUUGCAAGACAAGGAAGCAGCCGAUCAAGGAGGAGUUUACGGAGAACGAGCUCAAUUAAAGAGAGAUGAGGGAAGAUAAAACGCCACAACUCCUUUACAGCUAGAGGAAGCACUGACUGUUGUAAAAUAAGCUCCGUAACCAGAGCGUGUGCUGUACCAGACCAGGCCUGCUUUACUGCUAUAAAUGUUGUUCCUGAAGAGCUCACACCCAGGCACGUUGAAUAGUUUUGCAGAAAAAAAGGGUCAGUUACAAACAAAGUAGGGGGUGAGUGAUCACCACCUCAGUACUGGGCUUGCAGUGAAUCAGUGCAACGUCCGUGUUUUUUUUUAUUGCGCAUUACUUCUCGAUCAUUUCUAUUCUGGAGACAGACUCCUUCCUGGCACAUCUCCAAAGGUUCUCUUCCUCCCCCCCUCCUACAUGUGCACACACACAAAUAC